AGCUAGUAAUUUUACUUUGCGAGUUUUAUCCAAACAGUUUGGAAGGAUUAAUGAUUUACGAGACGAAGAAAUAAGAUGGUGUGCGAGAAACUCAUUAGUAUGCACAUUGUACGUGUGGUGCUAUUGUUUCAUGCCUUGAUCGGCAUUGCCACGGGAAGCGAUUACUUGGACAUCAGUGGAAUUCGACUUGCAAACGGUACAGGGCCAUUUGGUGGUCGUGUAGAAGUCAAUAUAAAUGGGGUUUGGGGAACGGUCUGUGAUGAUUCGUUUGAUAUAAAUGAUGCCAGUGUCAUGUGUAGAACAAUGAAUCUCACAGCGACAGCCUAUAUUAAGGGUGCCUUUUAUGGACGGGGAAUUGGUCCAAUAUUUGCUCAAAAGUUUAAGUGCGGUGGAAACGAGCAACAUAUCAAACAGUGCAAGUUUGAUGUAAAUGUACAGUGCACACAUGCUAGGGAUAUAAGCAUUUAUUGCACAGAAUGUGGCGGAAUCGAUGUAUCUAACGGAUACGUCAAGUCAAUAUCAGAGGAUGGAAAGGUGCUUACAGCAGCAUGUAAAACUGGGUUCAGGUCAAACACUGAUACAAGUGUCUGCGAAGGAGGGACAUGGUCUAUACCGUCAAUAAAUUGUACUGUAACAUCAGAUAUCAAAGACAUUCGGCUUGUUAAUGGUGUUGGGCUGUAUGAUGGCAGAGUUGAGUUACUUGUGAAUGGAACUUGGGGAACAAUAUGCAGCACAUCAUUUUCAGUGUGGGAAGCAUUGUCAAUAUGUAGAAAACUGUUUGGCGCAAAAAGCUACUAUCAAAAAACAUUUACGACUUCAUACUACUAUGGAGCUGGAACAGGUCCUAUUCACAUAGACAAAUUUGACUGCCCAGGAUCGAAUGCAGAUUUUAAUGAAUGCACUUAUAGCCUAGAUGUGUCAUGUACAGAUCAUAGUCGGGAUGUGGCCGUUGCUUGCAGAGCGUUUCCAUUAAACUUUAAUGACACACGCCUGGUAAAUGGAACUGGCCCAAACGACGGCCGCAUCGAAUUGCAAGUUGAUGGUCACUGGGGAACAAUAGAUAGAAGAUAUAUUGACAUGUAUGAUGCUCAGACAAUCUGCAAUACACACGGUGCAAGCUUAGCUAUGUAUUUUGGUACUGCAAUAUAUGGGGUAGGAACUGGGCCAAUACUGACACACGACAUGCGUUGCUAUGCAGGAAAGAGUACUAUAAAUAGCUGUACAUUAUAUUAUCCGUAUCGUUCUUCAAGCUCUCACUUGUACGACUUAUCCAUAGCUUGUACAUCCUGCGGUCUACCAGAUAUUUAUAAUGGUUUUCCAGUAGCAUUCAAUGGCACCGAACUAACAGUGACUUGUCAUACAGGAUUCUACCCAAACCAGAUAAAAAUGAAAUGUCUGAAUAAUAAUACUUGGUCCGAGGAACAAAGAUGCACUCCACUUCAUGCGUUUCCACUCAAUAUAAGUGACAUUCAGUUAAAGAAUGGUUAUAGACCUUCCGAAGGACGUGUUGAAAUUUUGGUCAAUGGAACGUGGGGGACAAUUUGUGACACUAAUUUUGAUUCUGCAGAUGCAACAGUUAUUUGCAAAAUGUUUGGACUAGAAUAUAGUGGUUAUUACAUAAAGGCCAGACAUUACAGCGGAAGAGGCAAAGGUCCAAUAUAUGUCAACAAGUUGAAUUGCACGGGAACAGAAUCUCAUAUCAACCUUUGCAGUUAUGAGAUUUCAAAUCACUGUACCCAUUAUGACGAUGUAGCUGUUGUUUGUACAGGAUAUCAGUUACCGAUAAAGGAUAUUAGACUUGCUGGUACUAAUGGACCAUAUCAUGGGCGUGUUGAACUAAAGGUCAAUGGUACAUGGGGAACAGUAUGUCAUGAUCGAUUCUACGCGAACAGUGCAAGGGCCGUAUGCAAAAUGCUGGGCUUGAUGUAA